AUGUUUAAGUGCAAGCUUCGACAGGAUCAGGUGGAGAACGCCGCACCGCCUGGCGACGAACAGCUUGAAGAGAAGGACUCGUCAGAGAAUGGAAACAAUGGUGCUGACCUCAACAAGUUGGGAACCCACGACAAGAACGAGAUCACCGAGGACGACUGCUAUGACGAGCUGGGCUUCGGCUUCUCGUGGUGGAAGAAAUGGUACAUCCUGACCGUCAUCUUCUGGGUGCAGGUGUCGAUGAACUUCAACACGUCGCUCUACUCCAACGCCAUCCCUGGCAUUGCCGAGGAGUUCAGCGUCAGCGAGCAGGCCGCCCGCUGCGGAGCUAUGAUCUUCCUCGUCUUCUACGCCUUUGGCUGCGAGCUCUGGGCCCCCUGGUCCGAGGAGUUUGGCCGCAAGCCCAUCCUGCAGGCCUCCAUGUUCCUCGUCAACGUCUUCCAGAUCCCCGUUGCUCUGGCUCCCAACUUUGGAGUCGUCCUCGCCUUCCGUGCCCUGGGAGGUCUGUCCACCGCCGGUGGCUCCGUCACCCUCGGCAUGAUUGCCGACAUGUGGGAGUCCGAUGACCAGCAGUACGCCGUCGCCUAUGUCGUCUUCUCGUCCGUCGGCGGUUCCGUCCUCGGUCCCAUCGUCGGUGGUUUCACCGAGUCGUACCUCGACUGGAGGUGGUCCAUCUGGGUCCAGCUCAUCCUCGGCGGUGCUGUCCAGCUCAUUCACCUCCUGACUGUCCCCGAGACGCGUACCACCAUCAUGAUGAAUAGGAUCGCCAAGAAGCGCCGCCAGGAAGGCAAGGGCAACUUCUGGGGUCCCGAUGAGCUAGUCCCCUUCAGGGAGCGCUUCUCCUUCAAGGAGGUCAUCGUAACUUGGAUCCGCCCCUUCAAGAUGUUCCUCACCGAGCCUAUUGUCCUCGUCCUUUCUCUGCUGUCUGGAUUCUCCGACGCCCUCAUAUUCAUGUUCAUCCAGUCCUUUGCCCUGGUGUACAAACAGUGGGGCUUCACCACCGUCCAAGUCGGUCUCUCCUUCCUGUCCAUCGGCAUUGGCUACGUCAUCGCCUGGAUCAUCUUCAUCCCCGCCAUCCAACGUAACAUCAAGGAGAGGGAGCAGAGGCCGGAAGACGAGCGUGCCCAGUACGAGUCGCGCCUGUGGUUUCUGCUCUACACGGCUCCCUGCCUGCCCAUCGGUCUCAUCGGCUUCGCCUGGACCAUUCAGGGCCCCCCCAUCCACUGGAUCGGGUCCAUGAUCUUUGCUGCCAUUGUCGGUAUUGCCAACUACGCGAUAUACAUGGCCACCGUCGACUACAUGAUCUGCGCCUACGGUCCUUACUCGGCUUCGGCCACCGGCGGUAACGGAUGGGCCCGAGACUUCCUCGCCGGUGUCCUGACCGUCCCUGCCAUCCCCUUUUUCCAGAACAUUGGCGCCUCGAGUGGCAAGAACCUCGAAUACGCCUGCACCAUCCUCUUCUGCAUCUCAGCCGUUCUCGUCGCUGCCAUCUACGUCAUCUACUGGAAGGGCCCCGAGCUUCGCAAGAGAUCUCCCUUUGCCCAGCAUCUUGCCGAUGCCCAGGCCAACACUGCUGAUGGACAGGCCCGCCGUGUUAGCUCUCUGGCUGAGGCUAGGCGCGCAAGCACCCCCGGCAGUUACAGCAACCAGCAGCGAUUCUUUGGUGAGAGUCGUCGUGCCACCCCUCGCGCCACCCCUCGCCACACCCCCGCUGCGAGCCGAAGAGCCAGCUACGCCAACAAGGAUCAUUCCGCCGCCGUAUAA